UGUGUAAAAAAAGGAUGGUCUGCCCGGAGCGCCCGCCUCGUGUACUGUACAUACUGUAAUGCUCACGUUGGGCACUCAAGAGUUAAGAAAGGAGGCGGGACCCUGCUGCCAUAGUAGGCCACCCCCUAGUGUGCGAUCACAACAGUAGCAACAAAGUGCAUCUAACAACUGGCAGACUGGGCGCUCUUGGAGCUGGCGGUGCGCUUUUUCCAAACAUGCAUGUAAUCAGUCCUCGGGUGUCUACUGGAAAGGCGACAGGAAAAUAAAAGGGGAGAGCAAAGAUGAGCAGGACCUCCUGGAUGCCUAUUCUCUCGCAUGCCGGCAGUCGCCUCAGUGGAGGUGCUACUCGUUUCCAGACUUGGAUUUAAAGCGAAGGAGCAAGAUCGACGGCUCCCUGCGGUACAGCCGAUUGGCUCUGCAGGGCAAGGAUUAUAAUAAGCGGCGGAUCGGACACUCGUAAAGUGCGAUCGCUUCCCGCAAGCGGCCACCCCGAAGCGUGGGGUAUCCACCUACAAGGAGCAAACUUGGAUUGUGUUUUUUUUUUCUCCUAUUAUUACAUUACCGAUCUGUGGAAACGUAUCACUGUGAAUUGGAAGACUGGAUUAGUACAAUAAAACUGGACCAUCGUCGGCACAUUGGGGAUAUACAUGGUUGAAGGAAUUAUUUGGAUUUUGUUUUCCCGCAUCGCAACACAAGCGUUUCAAGCUUGACAAGCACCAGAGGAUGGCCAUCACAGAAUUGUCGCGAGAAACUUGAUUGACACCCAGCAAAGAACAACAAUUGCACUAAAAAAGGUCCUCUAGGAUUUGCGUUCACUUUCUGGGAAUUACUGAACUGGAAAUCCCUUUUUUUAUUGCAGCCUAUUACAGCUGCGUUUUCAGGAAAUAAAACGUCUUUGCUGUUAAAUGUGACAUUUAAGCUUCUCUCGCUUUUAAAUUCUCCGUGUGGACCGAGUUAAAGGGGCGCCGAGGCAAUCCAGCAUGCAAAGUUCCUGCCUUCAGGAGAGCGAGUGCGCCUUCGCUCCAAAAGCCCGAUUUCCAGAGGAGGAAGAAACGGCCGCCGGGCGCUUCAUUCUGCACGGAGCCGACACACCCCCGGUCUCUCCAGAGGACGAUCGGUUAAGUAAAAACGCUGUGCUGGAACAAGGGGCGAUUGAAAAUGUGACAGGAAGGAGAAGUCCGCAAGAAAGCCAAGCUUUUUGCAGACACAGAGCCAGGGGGUCCAGUCGUGGGAUAGGCGAUGCCAUGGACUCGACGCCGCCGCAGCAGCAGCCCCUGGACAGCCAGCAGGAUCGGACUUUUUACCACCAGUGGGACUCCGGGUGUGCAGUAAAGCAGCUCCCCAGUGACGGGUUCGCUCGGGACUUCGCGCAGCAUUUGGGAAGCUGUCGGGCGCCGCUGCACGAAAGCAAAAACGGCGUCGGCAAAGAUAUCGGCGGCUCGGCGCCAGGCGCUGCCUGCAGUUUAAGCCCAUCCUUGUGCUUUUCGACAGAAAGCGGAGAGGAGGCAGAAGGCGGCUCUGCUGCGGAGAGACAGCAGCGAGUUGUGAAAAGUCAGUGUCAGAUUAAUAAUGCCAGCGCCACGUUGGAGGAGGCGCAGGGCAGCGCAGCAGCGCCUGUUACUCAGCGUAUCCAAAUGGGAGCGGAGCCAGGCGGAGAAUACGCUUGUCUGGGCAGUCCGGGGUACAACGACUUCGCAGCAAUACGGGCCGAUUCGGAACUGGACACCAAUCAAUGGCGCCAGGGAAAUGGGGCCCCGAACCUCUGUCGCGUCCAGGAGGAGCCGGAUUUAGUGAUUGAGGUGGCUGGAAAGCAAAUCCGGGCGCACAAAUCUAUCCUAGCAGAAAAGAGCGACUAUUUCAAGGCACGCCUCUCGAGGGAUAUUUUGAAAGUCAAAGGGGUGAGCUAUAAGACUUUGGCGGUGCUCAUCGAUUACAUUUAUACGGCCAGGAUGGACGUGAGUAAAGAGAACGUGGUGGAGGUCAUCACAGGGGCCAAGGUGCUUCAGGUUCCUUGCGCGGUGCAGUCUGCGGUGGACGAGAUGACGGCUCAGAUCACCAUGGAGAACUGCUACGAGAUUUUAACUAUAGCAAAAAAGCAAAGGCUGAGCGAGCUGAAGGACACCGCGUACCGCUUCAUGAGCGACCACUUUCUGCAGGUCCUCCGGGAUCCGGCCGUGUACGGGCGACUUACGGGCUCGGAGAGGGAUCUGGUCCUGAAAGGCCGGAUGGAGGGCAAGAGCUGCCUGAUGGUGGCCGAAAUCAAUGACGUGUAUGACCGUGUGGGCAGCAGACCACAAAGCAGGGACAACAGCCGCCCCCAGAGCCCUCUGUCCAUAGCUUCGUUUGAGGACACCCACCUGAUUUACUGUUACAGCGAAGAGCACAAGGACUGGAGGCCGCUGACUCGCAUGCCAGAGGAUGUCAACACAAAGGGCUGCGGGAUCUGCACCAUGUUCAAUUACCUGUUCGUCGCAGGUGGCAUUCGGGGAUCCGGAGAUAAAGGCAAGCUUUCCGACCGAGUGUUUUGCUACAACCCCGUUACGGACAUGUGGAGCGAGACCAAGCCUUUAAAUCAGGCGAGAUCUCAGCUCAAGCUGGUUUCCCUGGAUGGCUACCUGUAUGCGAUAGGAGGUGAGUGUCUCUUUACGGUGGAGAAAUACGACCCUAGGAUGGACAGAUGGACCCCCGUGGCCCCGCUACCCAAAGGCGCCUUUGCUGUGGCCCACGAAGCCACGACCUGCAACGGGGAGAUCUACGUGUCAGGGGGCUCCCUCUUUUACCGCCUCCUCAAGUACGACCCCAAGCGGGACGAGUGGCAGGAAUGUCCAUACAACAAUAGCAGAAAGAAAUCAACGGACAUGGUGGCGUUCAAAAAUUUCCUGUACAGGUUCGACGUCAAUCGUGACCAGGGUGUCAAUGUCUUCAAGUACAACGCCAUCGUGAAACUGUGGAGCGAUUGCGCCUCCCUGCGGCAGCCCUCCCCGCUGCCCUUCAGGUGCGCAGUCAUGGGGAAUUGCGUCUAUUGCGUCAACAAGACGCACACGCUGCAGCUCAUCAUCGAGGAGGACGCGGCGGCGGGAGCGAGCUUCGGGCACGAGCCGCUCAAGGCGCCGCUCGAAGCCAAGGGGGCGCUUUUCCCUUUCGUUCUGCGCGUUCCCGAGAAGUCGGAGCGGAACGCGCAGUGACGCAGGCGGCCGAUCUACAAGGAUGAGGUGACGAGAAGGGACCCCCUCCCCAUAUCUCAGUGUUUCACUGCCAUCCCGGAGCCUUGAGCCACCGUAUAAAGAGGAAUGUUGCUUUUUUAUCUUUGCAUGUUGUUGGUAAAAUGUGGUGUUCUCUCCUUCAGGCGGAUUUUCUCUUAUCAAACUGUACAGGUUCAAGAAGGCGCUUUUGACAGUCACAAUGGGAUACGUGCCAGUGGGUGUGUGUUUUUUUUUUUUUGGAAACUGGACACUACAGCAGCAGUGCCCCUGCAUCUGCCCCUUAGGACACCACAAGGUGAGGGGAUCAUGGUGGUCAUGAUACUAUAUAGCAUUAUAUGCAGUGCUAACUCACUUUUUUAUAGGAUGUUGUUUUUCAAUGUUUUGCAGCUUCUUUGAUCAAUGUAAGCUUGUUAAAUCUUUGCCAGCCUGGCAUUUACAAAGCAGCAUUGGCACCCUGCCCAUAGCACAAAACUGGCAUCAGCACUGUAAUUAUGGUUUGUGGUUAGAACUCCCUUUGGUGCCUUUCUGGAAAUCUCUUGGACAUGCUACAGUGUUGUAGCUGAAAUGGGUGCUCAACAGAAAUGAAGAAGAUGAGAAGAAAAAAAAAAUCAGAGACUAGGAGUUUAGUAAACUGUCAGUUGCACCCUGCAGAUGCUCUCAGUAAGGAUUUCUGCCAGAGGUGGCCUGAUCUUGCAGGGCAGUGCCACCUGCUUCUGUAAUAAAGAAUUCCUGUCUGAGCUGUCCACAUUUCGAUUAUGCAAACCUGCACACAGCCUUUAGCAUUUAUAGAGCGGCUUUUUAAAGUAGGGAUGGGCACAGGGAGCUGAAGAAAUCUCCAGGGAAUUCCUAAAUGUGUUUUCCAGUUGUUCUGAGGGGAUGUGGGCAAGAUCAGUUCAUUUCAAGUGUGUUCACACCACAAAUGCUAGCAAUAUGCCAAGAGUGAAAGGGUGCAAGUGCUCUGGUGUGUGACAGCUACAGUACAGAAAUCCAAACAUUGAAAUGGACAGUUCUAAACAAUUGAGGCUACUGCAACACAUGUCAGAAUGAUGGCGGCCAGUCACACACCGUUUCUCUCUCUUGGGUCCACUUAGUGACUUAGCGAUGUAUCAGACACCAGUGUAAGGGCUUAAACUGUACACCAGGCAGCUGCCCUCUAAAAUGUGGCGGCUGUCAGCUGGGAAUUGUCACAGUCAUGUCUAUUGUCAUGUGUACGUAGUGCAGUGAAAUUCAUACCUGCAUGUCUCCUCAGAUGGUGGUGUAGCUGGCAUUGGAGAGGCAGAGUAGUUGAUCUCACUAAAAGGAGGAAUCUGAUGCCAUCUUCAAAAAAUCUGCAAAAGCUUUGUGUGUGUGAGUGCUUUCUUUGGCACUGAGUGCCACUAGAAUAGGCUGCCUUAUCUAAGCGUGAGAGCCUCCUUGUUCUUGUCGAAGUUCACACUUAACCCUGCACUUCAUUUUCUGAGAUGCGUAAUCCAACUGUAGGGUUGUGGAGUUGAGAUGCCUGCCUGCCUGCCUGCCAUGACAUUAGCCUGCCUUGUAUGGGAGUCAUAAACCAGGCUGAUUUGGACAUACUGAGGAUAUGGAAGCCCUUGAGGCAAACCCCUCAGGACUGUGGGGAGACCAUGCUAAUUCCGCACAGACUGGCCCCGAUUUGAAACCAGUCCCCUGGAGGUAUGGAGCAGUGGCGCCAGUCUCCUCGCAGCAGUUUGAUUUGUACAAUGGAGAGGGCAGAUGGCAAGUGGUCUUCCCUCUGCAUGUUCCACACGUUAGAUCAAAUUCUCAGUUGUUGUCAUUUAGGUCCACCCGCAAGAAGCAGGAAGAAGGGUCACUGAGCAGCUGGCAGACGGGAUCAGUCGACUGGUAAUAUUGCCAUCCACACUAACUGGAGUGCCCAUCCCCAUUUUAAAGUGAUGGCCUUUUGCUUUUUUGUUUCUUGUUAGCCAUCAUUAAUAAUGAUGUGCUGUAGCAUCGCUGAGGCAGGAUGGCGGCGUUAGUUAUCUCGUGUAAUUCCAGAUUCAAACAACUUCAUCUUGAUCUCAAUACUAACAAACUUAACAGUGGCCAAGAAAUCCAACGCAUAAAAGUCUUGAGAGUUGCCCAGACCUACUUUCCAUUUACAACACACAUCAGAGCUGCGACUUUAGGCCUACUUGGACUUUAUCGGCUGGUUGUGUUUCGUAGUGGCUAAAACAUUAGACUGAAAAACUCCGCACUUUUUGUUCUGUGACGCUAAGUAAGUCAUUUCACCUGUCGGAGCUUCACUUAGCAGUCUGGGGGGAGUCUUUUCCAGUCCUUUUAAGGGGCUUCAGUAUAGGGUCAUUCAAAGAGGACUGAACACUUUCUAAAAAGUGUUACUCACUAACUGAAGUAUCUAUGAAUAUAAAGUGUUCACUAAAGUGUAGAGGUGCCCCCAAUUUUUCUGAGACUGUUGUGUGUGGAAUUUGCAUGCAUUGCCAUGUCAAUAUGUUAGGAGUGGAUUACAGGUGCCGGUCAUAAAAUUAG